GUAUGUGUUAUGUCUUCAAGUGUCCUGCAUGCAUUUUAUGCAUCUGUUGCUUUGCAUGCACACACACUCUCUCUCCUCUUUCUCUCUCAUUACUUUCUCUCUCUACACAGACACACAUCCUCGGUUUCUCUCUCUGUAAAAUUUCAGGUCAAUUUCCAUUGCCUUAUGCUGAUUUCAGUGCUUUCACUCUGUUUUUCUUCGUUGCUCUGCCUGUAUUCUUCCCCAGCUAAGUGUUGAUGUAACAGAUGAUGUAUGUGGUUGUUAAGAUUUGAGGAGAUAGAUUGAUAGAUAGAGGUAGCUAGCACUGCGAAGUCGGGUUCUUUUUCGUUCAUGUGAAUGACCCAUUGGUUGGUUUUCACUUGGGGUGAGACAAAGUGGAAUUUUGGAUUUUGUAUUAAUGGGUUCUGAUAUUUGCGUCGUUAAUGGUUCGUGCACUCAUGAAUGGAGAAAGGGGUGGCCUCUGCGAUCUGGUGGAUUCGCCCAACUGUGCUGCAAGUGCGGAUUUAUGGAGGAGUGGAAGGGUGACAUCCAUGAGCCAUUAUCCGCAUACGAGAAUUCAGUUUUCUGCAGCAAAUUUCAUCACCAACAAACUGGUUGGAGGGACUGUAACUUUUGCAACAAGCCUAUCCACUGUGGUUGCAUGGUAUCUAAAUCUUUGUUCGAGCAUCUUGACUUUGGUGGUAUAGGAUGUGUUAGCUGUGUAAAUACUAGCCAACUUAGUACGAUGAGGAAUAUUGAAAAUCCAAAUGGACCUGUUUCAUUGAUAAAAAAUAAUUCAAGUGAUCGGCCUUCUCGUUCUGAGGGAAGACUGUUUGCACGAGGUGUUGAUGAAGGAAAGCUUAUGCAAUUCUGCAAAAUUAUUGAAGCUAGUGAAUCCAGCCGAUGGAAUAAUGCUCAAAAAGAUGGCACCAUUUCACGUCAUGGGAACAACAACCAAGAAGCCAAAUGUUCAUUCGGGGAAGGAGACAUUGGUUUUUCAAAAGUGGUGAAGCCAUCUGUUCAGCCAUUAACAUUUGCUACAUUAGAAAAUAAUAGGUCACCAUGGGAGAUUAAAAACAUCCACGAAGCAAAUGUGCAGCCAUCAUUGAGUAUGUACCUGGGAAAUGGAUCUGGGAACAACUCUGUCCUGCCUUCUGCUGGAGAGGUUGUGGAAGGAAGACUUGAGCGAAAAACGUCUCCACCUUUUCAUCAAGGGCAAAGAACUCGCCCUAUAUUUCCAAAACCAGUGAAGAGUGGGCUUACCAUGAAUGUGGAAAUAGAUAAAGGUACAAAUUCUCAAUCUCGAGUUGCUCGGCCACCUGCAGAUGGCAGAGGAAAGAAUCAGUUACUUCCUCGAUACUGGCCGAGGAUUACCGAUCAAGAGCUGGAGCGACUAUCUGGAGAUUUGAAAUCCACCGUUGUGCCAUUAUUUGAGAAGGUAUUAAGUGCCAGUGAUGCUGGUCGAAUUGGCCGUCUUGUUCUCCCAAAAGCCUGCGCUGAGGCAUAUUUCCCUUCUAUUUCACAAUCUGAGGGUGUUCCUUUGCGAAUGCAAGAUGUGAAGGGGAACGAGUGGACAUUUCAGUUCAGAUUUUGGCCAAAUAACAACAGUAGAAUGUACGUAUUGGAGGGUGUGACCCCAUGCAUACAGACCAUGCAGUUACGCGCUGGUGAUACUGUAACAUUUAGUCGGAUAGACCCAGGAGGCAAACUUGUAAUGGGUUUCAGAAGGGCAUCAAAUUCUGCAGAUACACAGGAUACCUCCACAUCUGCACAAUCUAAUUCAGCAAAGGGAGCCACCUCUGCUGGAACUGAGAAUCUGCCAUCAGGAAGUAAUCAUGCCAAUCUUCUUCUUUCAAUGAAGGGGAAUGUGGAACCUAAGUUUAAUGGACAAAGAGAACAUCCACUUUUGGGUACUGGAACUUCUGGGUUGCUUAUAACUGAAACUAAUGGGAUGAUGACAAACAAUACUUCACUACAGCGAAAAGUUUCGGUUUUAGAGAAGAAGAAGACUCGUAAUAUUGGGCCUAAAAGUAAGAGGCUGCUUAUUGACAAUGAAGAUGCUAGGGAGCUAAAACUUACAUGGGAAGAAGCACAGGAUUUACUUCGUCCUCCUCCUAGUGUCAAGCCAAGCAUUGUCACAAUUGAGGACCAAGUAUUUGAAGAAUAUGAUGAACCCCCAGUUUUUGGAAAGAGAACUAUAUUCAGUACCUGUUCUUCUGGGGUGAAGGAACAGUGGGCUCAAUGUGAUGAUUGCUCUAAAUGGCGAAAGCUUCCAGUUGAUGCUCUUCUUCCUGCCAAUUGGACAUGUUUUGACAAUGCUUGGGAUUCAAGAAGAUGUUCAUGCACAGUACCUGAAGAGCUAAGUUCAGGGGAAUUAGAAAGUCUUUUGAAAACCGACAAAGAUUUUAAGAAGCGACGAAGUGAUGAAAAGAGCAAGUCAAUCCAAGAAUACGAGGCAUCUGGCUUGGAAGCUCUUGCCAGUGCAGCAGCCCUGGGAGAAAAUCUUGUUGACACGGCCGAAUCAUCGGCCGGACCCACCACCAAGCAUCCCAGACACCGUCCCGGCUGCUCUUGCAUUGUGUGCAUCCAGCCACCGAGUGGCAAGGGGCGACACAAGCCGACAUGCGCAUGCAACGUGUGCCUGACCGUGAAGCGGCGGUUCAAAACUCUCAUGCUGCGAAAGAAGAAACGGCAAUCCGAACGCGAAGCAGAAGCUGCCCAGAAAGAUCAAGUUCUCCCCAAAGAGGAGUCAGAUACCAAUGAAACAUCAAGAGAUGAUGGAACUCAGUUGGAGAAAGAGGUAGUAGGACUAAGCAGAAGUCAAGCUGAAGUGGGUGAGUCCAGUGCUGCUGGACAAAUUGAUCUGAAUUCUGAUCCCAACCGUGAAGACAUGGUUGAUUUAUCAGCAAUUUUCUUUUGUGAAUCAGAACAUGAAUAUAUGAACCAAAAUGAUCCAAGAAGCUACAACAAUGAAUUGCAGAAUGGUGAGAAUUCUUCUUUGCACACUCCUCAAUCCAAUGGAGAAGGUCAGAGACACUUGUCUGAUCUAAGAAGCUUUGCAUCCAUUAUGUGGAACCAAGAAAGAAGAGAUGAGGAAGACAGUGAACCCAACCAAAACCAAAACAAUCUUUGUUAACAAUUUCUUUAUUCUUACAUUCAAUCCUUGUUAUAUUUAUCUUUACUUGCACUCACAGUACAGUUUUUGGUUUCUUUUACAGAGGGGAAAAAUAAUGUAUUUUUUUAGUAGUUUAUCUUUAAAGUUCUUUUCUUUCUUUCUUUUUAAUGGAAGUGACUCCUGCACAUUUCUUUCUUCGACAA